GUUGCUUUGUUGUUUUUGUCGAUUUGUGCGAUUUAAAUGUGUAGUAAAUUAUUACUAUAAAUUAUAUUUUUAUUUGUUAUAAUACUAAAAAUUAAUUUAAACCUAUUAAAAUUACAACAUCGCAUUUAAACAAAUUACGGUCUAAAAUAUUGAUAUUGUUUUGUUUUUAAAUUGACGCUAUAAACUUGUCGAAUUUGACACAAAUAUGUUAUAAAUUUGAUUGUUAAGUUUUAGUGUAAAUUAGUGAAAUAUAAUGGCAACAAGAGCACCUCUGCAAGAAUUACCACUUAUUGGCCAUAUACCUGAAACCAUUUCAGAAAUAUCUCUCGAUAGCAUUGAAAAGUAUAUUCGCCAAGUUUGUUUAAUUGCAUCCUCCUCAGCUGGCUCAAAAAAUGAUAUUGCACAAAUUUUUGAAAGUUUUGAAAAGACAAAGGAAUUGAAAAAUGAAAAAUUCGUAUCAAGACUACUGGGUGGUGUUUUUAAUGAAAUUCUUUAUAUGGAUGGUUCAAGCAAAACAUCAGAGAAAAAAUUGUUGGUUUUAUUUUAUAAUGGCAUAGUAAAAAAUGUACCACAAUCAAUAAUGGCACUGGCUGUUGAACAGUUAGAUACAUUUUUUGUUUACCGAUUAAUGGAUUUCCUUGAAAUCACUGGAAAUUUUGACCUACAAAUGACUCUAGUGGAAGCUUUGUUUCGAACUUAUGGUUCAAAAUAUUUAAAACAAAAGGCAUCUGCUUUAUUGACUGGAGAAGGGCAUGAAUUUAAUGUUUUGAGGAAACUUUUUACAUCCAUUACCAAGGAGAAUUUUUUUGAAGAUACCAGAUUAUUUCUAAAUGCUUCUAAUAAAAGAACUUCCAAAGUUUUUUCAAUUAAGGCUAAUUCUAUUGAGAUUGAUGAUUACAUGUAUAUUCAUAAAGACAAAAAUAAGAAGUUUUGGGUGGACAUUAAUCAGGUUGAUGCUGAAGUGUCCUGGUAUUUACCAAAAUCAGAAAUACCAAAAUUGGUUCUGGAUUCUGCUCUCCCCUCUGAAGACCUAGUUCUUGUUACCCUCAACUUGGUGGACGUUAUAAAGACUGAUGUUUUAGGAUCGAAGACAAAUGAAUAUUACCUUAUAUUUAAACUGAAAGGUGACAUUAACAUUGAUACCCUUAAUAUACAGAUACAAGGUAAAAAAUGUCUAAAAAUUAAAUUUCUCAGUGACAAUAAAUUUCAUAUGUGCGUCGAUGAAGUGCUGUCAGGACUUUUGUGUAAAAAAAUUUAUGAUACUGAAGAGCCUACUCUUAAAAAAAUCAGCAGCAGCAGACGCAUAACUAAAAGCAAUAACGAUUCGUCCUGCCUAAAUUCUAUUGGAAUAAAAAGUCCCUCAGGCUCUGGUAGCCCUUCUCAGGCUGAAAUAAUAUCAAUUACAGAUAUGACCGAAAAUAAUUCGAUAUCAAGCCAACAAUACGAUACGGCGUUAAUAUGCGAUGUUCACAAAGUAUGGGCGUUUAAAAAACAAAAUGAUUACAAGGAACUCCCAAUAACACUUUCAACAAAUAAAUCUAAUAGCAAUUCUUAUAAAACACCAGACCGAAAAAAAUCGAGUGCAAAAUACAAGCAGUUUAUGGAUGAGGAAAUAAUUUCCAUAGAAGAGCAUAAUAACAAUGUAGUUGAGCCUAAGAAAUCGAUGGGAAUGCAGAAAAAUAUUCGAACAGGAAAAAAUGUUGAUAAUUCAUCGGUUUUAAAACAAACUAGGACGUCAAGUGCUAAAAAGUCAAAAACAUCAAUAUGUACUAAAAAAUCUGAGGAUAAUAAUAAAUUAAAAGAAAGGAAAUCAGAUUACUCGCAACUAUCUAUGAUUGCUAAAAACUGUAGUUUUGAUCGUGACAUGCUCUCCUCCUUAGGAGCAAGCAUUGCAUCUAAAGAGAAUAAAUCUUGUGCCAAAGAUCUUAUCGGCGAGCACUUCUCUGAAAUACCUCCAGUAAAUAUACCAAAAGAAUCUUUAAUCAACGCAGAAGCAUCUCCUAAAAGUUUUAAAACAGAAGUGCCAAAAAUUUCGUUAUCCCAGCCAAUUGAAUCAAACAAAAAAAUAGUAAAGAAAAAUCAAAACUUUUUAGAACGUGAGGAGGAUAACCUUCGUAUUUCAAAAAAUAGCAGGGGUAAUAAUUCAAUGGCACCAAGCCAGAUAUCAAAUCCAUUAGAAAAUGAGCCUAACAAUAAAUCAGACAGCGAACAAACUCAAAUUUCGAAAGUAUCCGAAACAUCAGCUGUUAAAAACAAAGUGGAAAUUUUACAGAACAUCUUACUUAAUGAAUGCAGUGCAAAAAAUAAUAAAAAAACGCUUCAAGAAAUAACUGAUAACAAUCACGAUAAUUUUCCUUCUAAGAAAGCCAAGCUAACAGAGAUACAGAAACACUUAAAUAAAAGCCAAUCAACCCAAAAUAAUAAUAAAAAGGCAAAUUUAUCAGAUGAAGAUGAUGAUAACUUGCUUUCCAAUUCAGCAAACACAUCGCUAAUUCAGAAAGACCAAAUUUUAAUAAGUACCACUAAGAACGUUGAAAAGCUUGAAAUAAAGAAAAUCAAAUUAACACACAUAGAAAGGGAAGAUUAUAAGAGAACACAGCAGUCAAUUAAACCUAAGAAAUCUAAGAAAGUCAAACUAUCAAAAAAACUCUUAAAAAUAAAAAAUAAAAAAUCCGAUUUAUUAAGUUAUGAGGAUGAUGAAUAUUCCCCCUCCAAAUCAUCAAAAAUGUCAGAAGAUUUAAUUAAAACUGUACAAGAUACCGAACCCGUUCAAAGGUUAAAAAAUAAUGAUUUUACUUCUAAGAUACCCAUAAAAUCAAUUCAGACAAAUGUUACAGCAUAUCCCAGGAAGGGAUUGAAAGGUACUAACUCUAGUCAAAUAUAUCAAGAUAAUUCAAUGAAACAAACGCUGCAAAGUAAAAUUUCAACUGAUGAAUUUAAAAUAAAUCCUAAACAAAGAGCUCAAAAACCAAUUGAAGAACUCGCAGAUUUGCAAGAACAUGAAGCUGUUAAAAACGACGAUAAUGAAUAUGCUAAAGCUUUUGUGCAAAGUAAUCAAGAAAAAAUCAUAACCUCAGCUGAAGAUCAAGCAGCGGAAGAUUUAGAUUUAAUGGCUCAAUUAAGUCAAAUACCCCAACAGUUAAAUUUAUCGAAUGAAAAGAAUGAUAUGCCCUUGGUUCAAAAAGAGAAAAAAAAUAAAAAUAUAGAUUUGCCAAGGAAAGAUGUUUAUACAUGUACUAAGCAAGACAAACAAUUAAAAACAAUUCAUAAACGAAGAACUCGAAAACCACUUAAAAAACCGGCCAAUUUACAAGAACAUAAAGCUGUUAAAAAGGACGAUGAUAAAGUGAAAGAAAAAGAAAAAAACACCUUAGCAAGAGAUCAACCAGCGGUAUCGAGUAAAGAAAAUGAGAUGCCCUAUAUGGAUUUAUCAAAAUCAAAAUGUGAUGAUAAUGCGUCUCCUAAGCAAACCAAAGUAACUCCAAAUCGAAGAUCUCGAAAACUAAUUAAAGAACCUGUCGAUUUACAAGAACAAGCUAAUAAAAAGGACCAAGAAAAAAACAAAACCUCAGCUAAAAAUCGAGCAGAUGCGGAAAGUCCAGAUUUAACGGUUCAACUAAGUCAAAUAACAAAAAAAUUAAAUUCAUCGAGUGAAGAGGAUGAACUGCCCUUGGCUCAACUUUUUCAUAAAAUUAUAGAUUUGCCACGGAAAGAUGAUUAUAUUUCUAAUAAGCAAGGCAAGCAAUCAAUAAUAACUUUACAACAUGAAGCUGUUAAAAAGGACGAUGAUGAAGAUGCUAAAGUUAAAGAAAAAGAAAAAAACAACACAUCAGCCAAUGAUCAACAGGCGGUAUCGAGUGAAGAUAAUGAGAUGCCAUUAGUUCAAAAUAUUCUGAACAAGAAAGAAAUGAAAAUUACAAAUUUACCAAGAUCAAAAUAUGAUAAGAAAACCAAGCAAACAAAAGAAACUCCCAAGCGAAGAUAUCGAAAACUACUUAGAGAACUUGCCGAUUUACAAGAAGCUGAAAAAAAGGAGGUCGAUGAAGAUACUAAAGUGGUACGCACCAAAAAAGCUUUUGUGCAAAAUAAUAAAAAACAAACCAAAACUUCAGCUAAAAAUCGAGCAGCAGCGGAAAGUCCAGAUUUAACAGUUGAAUUAAGUCAAAUAACACAAAAAUUAAACUCAUCAAUUGAAGAGGAUGAAAGGCACUUGGUUCAACUCAUUCAGAAAGAAAACAUAAUCAUAGAUUUGCCACUGAAAGACGAUCGUAUGCAAGACAAACAAUCAAAAAUAACUCCGGCCAAGGAACAAGAACAAGAGGCUGUUAAAAAGAACGAUGCUAAAGUGGAAGAAAAAAUCAAAAGCUCAGCUAAAGAUCAAGCAGUGAAAAGUCCAGAUUUGCCACGGAACGAGGAUUAUAUUUAUAAUAAGCAAGACAAGCAAUCAAAAAUAACACCCGCCAAGGAACAAGAACAAGAGGCUGGUAAAAACGAUGAUAAAGUGGAAGAAGAAAUUAAAAGCUCAGCUAAUGAUCAAGCAGUGGAAAGUCCAGAUUUAACGGUUCAAUUAAGUCAAGUAACACAAAAAUUAACUUCAUCAAGUCUAGAGGAUGAAAUGCCCUUGGUUAAACCCAUUCUAAAAAAGAAAGAAAUUCAAAUCUUGGAUUCAUUAAAUCAAGACGAUGAUUCUACUUCCCCUAAGCAAGGCCAGGAAUCUAAAAUAGUUCGAAAACCAGUUAAAAAACUGUCUGAUUUAAAAGAAGACCUUGUUAACAGGGACAAUGUUGAAGAUACUGAAAUGGUAAUAUAUACCAAAAAAGCUUUUCUGCAAUUCAAUGAAGAAAAAAGCAAAACAUUAGCUAAAGAUCAACCAGCUGAGAAUAAGAAACAAAUCCAAAAAAAUACUGGAAAACCUAAAAUUGUUGAUAAACCUGGUGUUCUUUUUGCAAGCUACUUGGGUCCUCACUCUGAUAUUGAGAAUCCGAUUUCCGAGCACUCAGAUAUAUGUGAAGAAAGGGAGCAAAGUAAUUUAGAUAACGGUUCUGUUGAUAAGACCAAUAUUGAAGAUGUCUUACUUGAUAACGAAGAUAUAUUUAAUGAUGAUGAAGAUGUGCCUGAAAAUCUGUUUGAUGAGGUUAAUAAAUUAGCAACUAACCCAAACAAUGUUGCCCCCAAAAGAUUGGAACGCAGUAACAAUGAAGAACAAAAUGUAAUUUCGUCAUAUGAGGGUCUUGUGAAAGUGGAUAAGCCUUUACGAACAUCCAUAUUAGAAACAUUCAGUGCAAUCCAAAACACCAAAGCAAAUAAGCCUGUGUAUUCAGUAAAAUCAUCCAAAACAACAAAAAGAAUAUUAUAUGAUGGUGAGGAAACGCAUUUGGAAGAAUUAAAAUUGGAAGUUUCAAAGAUGGAUAUGGAGAAAAGGGAAAACAUAAAAAUAAAUAAGACAGUACCACAGUAUCAUAAGAAAAAGUUAAACAAUAAAAAUAAUACUGCACUUCAUGAACUAUCUUAUAAAGAGAAGUUAACCACAGUCAAUAAGACUAUUAAAAAAAUAGGAAGAAAACGAAAAUAUAGAGCUAUAAAAAAUAUACCUUCAGAUUUUGAAUCAGAUGCUGAAAAUAACAUAAGUUAUGAUGAUAUACUAUCUUCAGUUAUUCGUCCAAAAAAGACCAAGCUUAGAAAUAGGAAUAGUAAUGUUGAAAAUAUGGAUUUGUCAGACAAUGAAGAAGCCAGGGCUGCUCUGGAUGACUUUUUUCUACAUGUUAAAAAUAAAUCUAAAAUGUUUUUAAAGUUAACUAAAAAUUCACAACAAAUUACUGCUCUUAAACAGUUAAAAAACACGGCACAUAAAUAUUUAAGUAAAUCGGAAAUUUAAGUAACUGUUAAUGCCUAGAAUUGUUGAUGUAUUAUUUAUUUAUUAUUGUUAAGUGUAAAUUAUAUAUUUUUUUGAGUAAAUAAUAAUAAUAAUUAAUGUAU